AGCACAAAGAGUGCAUUGGAGGGAUGACCUUAUUUGAUAGCAUCACACCCAAACAAAUGGGAAUUGAAACACUUCAUGAGUUUCACAUUAGACAAGAGAAGGAGAUAAUAGAAACAAGAGAAAAAGGUGAGAAUGUGGGUGAACAGAGUGGAGCAACUGUGGGAGCUGCAAGUAAGAAAGAUGAGAUGGAAAGAGAAGGAGAUAAGCUUACACACACUGUGGAGAUCCAAGGGUUUGAUGAUGAGAGUGCAUCUAGACCUCAAUAUGUUACCUAUGAAGAGUUUGACAGCUUGAGUAGGUCUAUGGACAUUCUUACUACUAGUGUGGCAGGCUUGCACACUAAGCUUGAUGACAUGAUGGAAUUUCUGAAGUCAAGAUUUGGGACUCCACCUCCACCACCACCUUCUAAUAGUGUCUAUCAUCCUGAUGAUCCAACUGAUGACAUAUUUAUGGAAUUCUAG